GGGGGCGGCGGCGGGGGCGACGCCUCCGGCCAGGUCUGCGGCGGCUACCUGAGCCUCAACCAAACGUUCGUGGAGAGUUUCGUGUGUCCCCGCGGCGGGGACGGGGCGGCCCUGGUCUACUGCUGCGGCUUCGCCGACCUCAAGUACUGCUGCGGCCAGCCGGGGAGCUACUUCCCCUACACCUUCCGAUACAUGUGGAGCCUCAGCAUCGGUGCCCUGAUUGGAUUGGGAAUAGCCGCUCUGGUAUUACUAGCCUUUGUCAUCAGUGUCUGUGUCCUUUGCUAUUUAUUUUUGUAUACAAAACCUCAGCAGUUAGACACGGGUCUGAAACUCCAACAUCUAGAGACCGCUGCAAGAGAAGGCUACUCAAACAGAAAAAACAAAGCAGCAAAUUCAAAUGCCGUGUCCAACUCGACCAUCGAAACGUCAUGUGAAGCUGAUGAAAUUAUUCAAGAAAAACUGAUAGAUAUUACACCAACCAACAUUUCCACUUAAUGAAACCUGCUACAUGAAAAAUCUUGCUGAAGGGAUUGCAGUGAAACUGCAGCAUGUGCUUUAUGUAUAAUAGGUAAUCUCAUACGCACAGCUAUUUCCUUUCGUCUAGAUCUAGUUCAUCAACUUUUCCAGAGACUGAAAGAAAUGAAGCUCAGAGAUCAGUUGAAUUUUUCAGAAAGCAUUAUUUAGCCAUUUUUCCCUUUUCGGUUAUUUAAUUGGAUAAUAUUAAUCUCAGUUAAGACACUGUUUCACAAAUAUGGGUUACGCUAAUGAAGUACAUCGGUAGAUUCCAAAAUUUACCGGUAACAUAAAAAUGGCAAGGUUACCUGUUCGAGGGCAUAGAAAGGCCUAUGUCUUAUGUUGAUCUGUUCUCCCCAGAUUACUUCAGAAUUCCAUUUUUGAAGUCUUAUAAUCGGUCUUUUCAUUCAUUCAUUAGUAUUUAUUAAACGCUUACUAUGU